AUGGUACAAGUUACUGGAUCUUACAUUCAGGAUAUUCUGCAUGGUACAAGUUACUGGAUCUUACAUUCAGGAUAUUCUGCACGGUACAAGUCACUGGAUCUUACAAUCAGGAUAUUCUGCACGGUACAAGUCACUGGAUCUUACAAUCAGGAUAUUCUGCACAGUACAAAUUACUGGAUCUUAGAAUCAGGAUAUUCUGCAUGGUACAAGUUACUGGAUCUUACAAUCAGGAUAUUCUGCACGGUACAAGUUACUGGAUCUUACAAUCAGGAUAUUCUGCAUGGUACAAGUCACUGGAUCUUACAAUCAGGAUAUUCUGCACAGUACAAGUUACUGGAUCUUACAAUCAGGAUAUUCUGCAUGGUACAAGUCACUGGAUCUUACAAUCAGGAUAUUCUGCAUGGUACAAGUUACUGGAUCUUACAAUCAGGAUAUUCUGCACGGUACAAGUUACUGGAUCUUACAUUCAGGAUAUUCUGCACGGUACAAGUUACUGGAUCUUACAAUCAGGAUAUUCUGCAUGGUACAAGUUACUGGAUCUUACAAUCAGGAUAUUCUGCACGGUACAAGUUACUGGAUCUUACAAUCAGGAUAUUCUGCACGGUACAAGUUACUGGAUCUUACAAUCAGGAUAUUCUGCACGGUACAAGUUACUGGAUCUUACAUUCAGGAUAUUCUGCACGGUACAAGUUACUGGAUCUUACAAUCAGGAUAUUCUGCACGGUACAAGUUACUGGAUCUUACAUUCAGGAUAUUCUGCACGGUACAAGUUACUGGAUCUUACAAUCAGGAUAUUCUGCAUGGUACAAGUUACUGGAUCUUAGAAUCAGGAUAUUCUGCAUGGUACAAGUUACUGGAUCUUACAAUCAGGAUAUUCUGCACGGUACAAGUUACUGGAUCUUACAAUCAGGAUAUUCUGCAUGGUACAAGUCACUGGAUCUUACAAUCAGAAUAUUCUGCAUGGUACAAAUUACUGGAUCUUACAAUCAGGAUAUUCUGCAUGGUACAAGUCACUGGAUCUUAGAAUCAGGAUAUUCUGCAUAG